AUAAACGACUUUAUCAAGGGGAAAGCAUCUAAUUUAUCAUCUCGUUUUAUCGUUUCAGUUUGUGCUCAACUUCAACACGCAAACGGUAUAGCAGCUGUGGUUGGCCCGACGUCGAUAGAUGGCGCUCUUGCUGUUCGGUCUGUGUGUAACUCGGUGGACGUACCUCACGUUGAUACAAGGAGACAGUUUGGAGGGGUGGAGCCAUUAUCAAAUACCAUCAGCUUAUACCCUCAUGCUAGAUACAUCAGCUCAUUGAUGGUAGAUAUAGUCAAACAUUAUAAAUGGAAGAAGGUCACAGUCAUGUACGACGAAGAUGAAGCUUUAGAAAGACUUCAGGGAAUCUUAGAGCUGUCCUCGAGCAUGGGUAUCCAGCUUAAAGUUGAGAGAAUGGUCGGAUCAAAUCACAAAGCUCUGCUUAAAAGGAUAAAGACAUCAGGAGCUAAUCACAUCGUCAUUGAUUGCCGGAGAGAGACGCUCCCCAUUUUACUAGAACAGAUGCUAGAAUUACAAAUGCUUCGAAGUUACUUCCACUAUCUCUUCGUGUCACUGGAUCUUUACCUGCUGAACAUGUCCCGGUACACUGGUGACAAGGUGAACCUGACUACCCUGCAUAUGCUCAACCUCUAUGAUCAGCUUGUUGAGGCUUUUAUGGCAGAAUGGAACGCCAUGCAGAUAGGACCUAGGAGUGUUACCAUGACAACAAGGAACUUCAGUAUCCUCACGACGGAAGCUGCCUUGCUCUAUGAUGCUGUUAGUGUGGUCGCCAAUGGCUUGGAGGCUCUCGGAAGUACUCGGAAUAUUUCGUUGAGGUCGCUCAGUUGCUUCGGAGAGCAAGCUGAAUGGAACGAUGGACUCACCUUCUACAAUUUUCUGCAAUCGACCAGCAUCAACGGUCUCACAGGACCCAUCACGUUUGACAGGAAUGGAGAAAGGGAAAACCCCAGAUUCUUCAUCUCAGAACUCAUGGAGCAAGUAGGAUUCAAAACGGUUGGUGAAUGGGAUGAAAACGGACUGAAUAUCUUCCCUGUUGAAAUGCACACCGAUAAGAAUUCUACGUUCAACAAUAAGACCCUUAUCAUCACGACCAUAUUGGAACCCCCGUACUGUAUGAGGCGGAAGAGUCCUGACGGUGAACUGCUGGAGGGUAAUGCUCGCUUUGAAGGUUUCAUCAUUGAUCUACUCGAUCAUAUCUCAAGGUAUAUGUCCUUCAACUACAUCAUCAAGCUGGUACCUGAUGGAGACUAUGGCUCCGAGAUCUCAGAGGGGCAAUGGAACGGCAUGGUUGGGGAGCUGGUCGAAAGGAGAGCCGACCUAGCAGCAGCUCCUCUCACAAUCAGCUACGCCCGUGAGAAGGUGAUUGACUUCUCCAAACCCUGGAUGUACCUGGGUGUGACCAUCCUCUUCCGAGUUCCUGAACCCCAGAACCCUGGCGUCUUCUCCUUCCUCAACCCGCUGUCUCCAGAUGUCUGGCUCUAUGUCAUCCUCGCAUUUCUCUUGGUCAGUUUCGUCCUCUUCGUCCUGGCGCGAUUCAGCCCUUACGAGUGGUACAACUCGCACCCAUGCAACCCAGACUACGACACAGUCGAGAAUCAGUUCAACUUCUUUAACUGCCUCUGGUUCUCGUUCGGUGGACUCAUGCAGCAAGGUUCUGAAAUCAACCCUAGAGCGUUCUCCACCAGGGUUUUGAGUGGUUUCUGGUGGUUCUUCUCUCUCAUCUUGAUCUCCUCCUAUACUGCUAACCUCGCUGCUUUCCUGACGGUCGAGAGGAUGGUGUCUCCUAUCCAGACGGCUGAUGAUCUAGCAAAGCAAACAUCCAUUGAGUAUGGCACCAGGAAAGGAGGAUCAACAGAAGAAUUUUUCUCGAGAUCUAAGAUCCCAACCUAUAUGAAGAUGUGGGAAUUCAUGAGCUCCCGACAGCACGUGUUUACAAACACGUAUAAUGACGGGAUACAGCAGGUACUCAACAACAGAAAGUAUGCCUAUCUGAUGGAGUCUGCUAUGGCUGAUUACGUCAUCUCACAGCAUUGUAAUAACCUGACGGCUAUUGGAGGGCUGCUCAACUCAAGAGGUUACGGCAUCGGAACUCCACUUGGUUCGGUUUACCGAGACGAGAUCACCAAGGUGAUCCUACAGCUUCAGGAGGAUGAUGUGCUCCUGGAGUUAAAGACUAAGUGGUGGAGAACAGACCAAUGUCAUAAGAGUACAGGUCAGAGUGAUGAAGCUAACUCACUGGGUCUGAAGAACAUUGGAGGGAUCUUCCUGGUCCUUAUCACGGGUCUGGUGUGUGGUCUUAUAGCAGCCUUCGCAGAGUUCAUCUGGAAAUCAAGACAGAAUGCUAUGAUUGACAGGAAAUCGCUAUGCGGCGAAAUGAUGUCGGAACUCCGAUUCGCGUUUCGCUGCAACAACAAGCGACGGAAUAGCAAGCCAGUAAUAGAACAUAAAUACAUCCCUACCACUACGUACCCUCCUAACAUCAACGGUCGGCAGUCUAUGCAGAUGGUGGAACCACUAGCAUGACGUAAAGAGCUCAUAUAGAACAAAACAUUGUAUACAUUGUUAUUUUAAAUGCUACUCUAUUUAUUACAGCAGAGAGCAAAACUAUUUAGCUCAGUUCGAUUUCGAGCGGUUUUAGAAGAAUUUACUUGUUGGAAGGAGAAGUUAAUUUCACAGUUUGAGCAUGGAUGCUUUGAAGACGCAAACAGAGGCUGGAAGAUGAACUCGAUGGUCAGCUGCUGUCCGGAUGCGGCUGAAAUUUGAUGCGUUUUACAUUAGAGAUUGAAAACUUCCUCCAAUGAUCUUUCAGAUUUUGUUAGGAGCAAAGUUGCAGUAAAUUGCAAUAAUAGCCGGCGAUGUAGCUAAACGGGACGUGACAUGGUUGUAAAUGCAAGAGUUCAACUUGUCUUCUGAAUUCUGCAUAAUAACCUAGAAAGGAGCAAAACUAUUUUUGAUAUCUGGAGCAAGAAGUGUUGGUUUCUGAAUUUUGAUGGUGACCAACCUUUUCUUGUGGAAGAGAAAUGAUUGACAUGUACAUGCGUAAUACAGAUGCGAGAUGAAGACGAUACAACCUUGAUAGAAUUGUGUUCCUUAUUGAGAUGGCUAACUAAAGAGACGAACGACGAUACUUGCACUGUAAAGCAGGUAGAUACA